AUGGAGCGCGAAUCGCUUUAUUUAUUUUGGGAGAAGGUUGAUCCGUUAAGUUUGGUGAUUGGUCAGUGGGUUUUUAUGUUCCGUGCAGUUAUGAGUUCCGGUACCCAUUCCGGUUCACCAGUCGAGAUGUCAGAAGUGCCACACUACGUGCUCUAUGAGCAUGCGGUUGGUUAUGCUCUGAUGAAAAUCAAGGAAUUCGAAGACGCCGGACUGAUUAUACAGGAGGUUGAUGCUUCCAUCGCUGAUGUGUCGAAAUUUUGCGGAAUUGUAAAGCUAGCUGCCUUUGAUCCUUUCAAGAACACUGAGGCAGCUCUUGAAAAUGCUAAUGCCAUUUCCGAAGGUCUGGCCCAUGCCGAUCUACUGAAUUUCCUCGAAAGUAGUCUUCCUCACAAGAAAAAGAAGCUACUUCUGGGUGUGAAUGAUUCAAAGCUGGCCGGUUCGCUAAGUGAAGCGAACCUUGGCGUUCAGCUUAUAUUUGGAGGUGUUGUUACCGAGAAAAAGAAGCUACUUUUGGGUGUGAAUGAUUCAAAGCUGGCCGGUUCGCUAAGUGAAGCGAACCUUGGCGUUCAGCUUAUAUUUGGAGGUGUUGUUACCGAGAUAUUACGUGGAGUUCGUGUACACUUUGCUCAUCUGGCUAAGGAUCUACCACAUCAUUCACUAGCCAAGGCACAACUGUCUCUUGGUCAUAGCUAUUCUCGUGGAAAGGUACAUCUUAUUUUGGUCUCUGGUGUUCGUUGA